UAGCGCUGAUACAUAGUGCGCUCGGCGAUCAUCAUACUGACUCCUUUUUUCCCGCAGGCUGACAGAGCCAUCGAACACACGACGACGACGACGACAUCAUGCCACCCCAUCUCCAUCCCCGGUCCCGAAUGACCUCGUCGCUAUUUGCCUCGACGCUCGUCGCCUGCUUCUUCGUCGUGGCGCUUCCACACAUGCUGCCAUGCCCCGUCCCCGCCAAGAAGUUUGCCGACGGACAGGUCAUGGUGGACGAGAACGGGAGGAGGAAGGUCUACCGCCGGCGCGAGAGCCCAGACGAGACCAAGAGCGGCAUUGUACAGUUUAGCGAGGAUAUUGAGAGUGGGAAAUCGGUCAAGAGAGAGUGUCCGGUCCCACGGCCAGGCGGCAUGCUCGGCGAGUGGCUGGGAUUCCACAGCGAGAACGGCACAGAGUCAAAAGAUGCGAAUGGUCAUAAUAAUACUAGGUGACAAUGCGAAAUCAGAAACACCAAGAUACAAGUCCCGCGAGCUCGAGACGGAUGUGUGGUUGUGAUGGGGAUGCCUUGUGAAGAUGCAGCGCGCGUGCAAGACGCAGCCGUGCUUCUGGCAUAGUCA